UUUUUUUUGUGCAUCUUACUUCUCUAAAAAUCAAGGUGCAUUGAUGCCAAGGAGUGAUGAAAUAAGAAGAAAAGCCAAUUGCUGCACUGAGGUGGGGGAUAGCUGCUAGGAAUCCGCCUGCAACUGUGGAGAAGUCAGUAAUUGCUGGAGACAGGGAGAGCUGGGGGUUGGGCUGAGGGAUCCAUGUAUAAAUAGUGUGAUCUCAAAUUGAAAGGCAUAAAUAACAGCAGGAGUGAUCUAACCCUAUGCAGUUCAUCCUCGACGGGGAAAAGGGGGGAAAACAAUAAGGAGAAGCUUCCAGGGGAGGUGUAGAUCUCCUAGUGCAGACCAAGUGGAUCUCUGUGGAUACAAGAUCACAGGGUGCAGCAGCCAUGGAAGAACUUACUGCUUUUGUAUCUAAGUCCUUUGACCAAAAGAGUAAGGAUGGCAGCAGUAGUGGCAGCAGCAAGAAGGAGACCAUUACAUACAGGGAAGUUCUGGAGACCGGCUUAGCUCGGGCCAGGGAGCUGGGGAACUCUGAUACCAACCUCCAGGACAUUACAGACACCAGCAACCACUGCUCGCUGCACCUCUACAAGGAGCACACAGACAUUGACAAGGACAAGCUCAAAGACUACAACACCAGCAGGAUAUCCGAGGGAAUCUACGAGUGUAAGGACAAGAGAGAAGACGUGAAGUCAGAGGAUGAGGAUGGACAAACCAAGCUAAAGCAGAGGAGAAGCAGGACGAAUUUUACAUUAGAGCAGUUAAAUGAAUUGGAAAGACUGUUCGAUGAGACUCACUAUCCUGAUGCAUUUAUGAGAGAGGAACUAAGUCAGAGGCUGGGACUGUCUGAGGCCAGGGUUCAGGUUUGGUUUCAGAACCGAAGAGCGAAAUGUAGAAAACAAGAAAAUCAAAUGCAUAAAGGUGGGUAUGGUGUCAUUCUGGGAACAGCAAGUCAUUUAGAAACAUGUAGAGUUGCACCAUAUGUGAACAUGGGAGCACUGAGGAUGCCUUUUCAACAGGUCCAAGCUCAGUUACAGUUGGAAGGAGUCGCCCAUGCACACCCUCAUCUCCACCCGCACCUGGCUGCCCAUGCACCCUACCUUAUGUUUCCUCCUCCACCCUUUGGACUUCCUAUUGCAUCACUGGCAGAAACUGCAUCUGCUGCUGCUGUGGUUGCAGCUGCUGCUAAAAGCAACAGCAAAAACUCAAGUAUUGCUGACUUGCGACUCAAAGCCAGAAAACAUGCAGAGGCUUUGGGACUCUGACACUAUUAGCCUUUGGUAUAAUAGUGAAGUGACUUCUUUGUUUCCCUUUUUCUGCCAUUAUAUGACUCUACAGAACACCAAAUGGUAAAAGCUUUGCAAAUGUAAAGGAAAAAAAAAAAAGAUGGGCCUGUACCUGCUUCUCUAGAAGAUCAACAAGGAGUGUGGAGGAUUUUUUUUUUAAAUAAAAUACGCCAUUUGGUUCAGCUCUUUGCACAUCAUGAAUUUUUAUGAUGCUUGCAACUACAGUGAUUCUAAAUCAGUAUGAUAACUGGAGUAGUUAAGAACAUGGCCUUAUAUUAUUUGGACAUGAUCGGAGAGGAUUGAAAGAAGAGGUAUUUUUUUUUACCCUGAACAACAAAAUGAACUUAACAACAUUGGCUGCUUUAAGAAUUACUUCUGCAUGUUACCGAGCAAAAAGAAAAAAUAAACAAAAAGAAAAAAAAAGUAAAAUAUAUACAUAUUAUAUAUUAUAGAUUUCAAAUCACUGGGGCUGGUCUCCAUAAUGCCAAUGCUAUUAUUCCACUGCCACAGGAAUCUUUCAUUGCAGAAACAGUUUCCCAAACCUAUAACGGACUUUUGGACAUGAACAAAUAAUCAAGAAUCAUCCAUCAGUUAGUAAAGUAGUCCUCUCACCUUCUCACAAAAGCAGGCAGCAAUAAUGUAUUUUUUUCAAAAUACCAUAUUCUGGAAAGUAUUAACAUAUGCUAAGUAUGCCAUAUAUUGGUGCUUUCAACGUACUAAAAAGAAAACUGGUUUUGCUACAAAGAUAAAAAUCAACCUUACAUAACAUCAAAUGUUUUGUGCCAUUUAUCUGUAAGCAGUCACUAAGUUUAAAAUACAGAAUGAAGUAGAUUUGGAAAAACCAUAAAUAUUAAUUUAUUGGAAAGAGGGAGAUGUUAGUCAAUGGUGUCAGGAAAUAAUACUGAGACAAAAUGAAUUCUAGUUAAAUGCAAUUGAGUGCAGUAAAGUGCAAUACUGUAAAUAUUAUAGAUAUUAAGAAUGACAUCUUCAGAUGUUGAUAAAUAAUUUUGCAUUCACCUAGGCCCAGCCUUUUGUGCUUCACUUGGGUGUUGCAGUUCAUUUGCCAAAUGAGUAAAUUCCAUGGGAAUGGAUUAAAUAAUAUUGUCUUUUUCCUUGUAUGAGGAAAACUGCCAUGGUUUAGUCAAUGUGCCAUAAGAUGAUGAUUUCAGCUCAAAAGCUGGCAUGGUGGUUUUUAUUUCUGGGCUUUUAUUUUUUUUUCUUUCAAUUAUGAAUUGAAUACAUCUAGGAAUAAUAGACCAUUACUGGGAAAAUGCUGGUUGCAGUAAGCAAUGCAAGGUAUUGAUAAUGUAACAAAAAUACCAAAGUGUUUGCUUUUUUCUUUUAUUUAAUGUAAAAUGUGUCCAAAUGACUUUUUAACACUAUAUCAUGAAUUGCCUAACAACAAAUCCAACACUUUUGAUGAAUUAUAAAAAAAAAGGAAAAAAUAUUGCAAUUUCUGUUUGGACUUUGUGUUCCAUACAUAAAGACAGGCAAAGCAUUUUGUUUCUUUGUAAAAAUGUAAGUGGAUGUUUUAUUUAUUUUUCUGUUUGAAAUUUUAUAAAUGUGUAAUAUUCUAAUUAUGUUGAGUGUACAUUUUAAUAUGCUUUGCAUUUAUUUUUAUAUGUUGGACACCUGUUGCUUUUGCCAUAAGUUUCAGGCAAUUAGCCAAAUCAGAAAUACCCUUUUUUGUCAUUGUUUAUGCCCAUAUAAAUGAACUCCCUUUGGUUGUUUCUGGAGACAUUGACAAGUAGGGUUGUUCAUCUGAUGAAUUAAUCUUAUUGUUUUAAUAAGAUGCAUACAUUAUGCCAAACGUACAUGGGCAUCAUAUCACCUAAUACAACACACUGCGCUGCAUAUACAGUUAUUGUAUGUCUGGAUGAACAGGCAUUUCAGGGAUAGUAGAAGAAUAGACUGUUGAAAAUCUUAAAAUUUGUCAUUUUGCAUCCUUGAAUUUUUUUACAUUUUUUUUUUAGCUAACCUUCCAUACCAGCAUGCUUCAGCACAGAUCCACUAAAACAUGUUCCAUUCGGUUUCAGAGUGUAUUAGUAAAUCACAUGGUAUGAAUGUACAUCUUGAUCAACAAGUGGAAUAUAAAUAAAUGUAUAAAUAUCU